AAAGAGGGAUGGUUAGAGAUUAUGCUUGACCGCCGAUUGGUAAGAGACGAUGGAUGUGGUCUUGGGCAAGGAGUGAUGCAUAAUCGUUCUAUGAAUGUAGUCUUCCACAUCCUGAUGGAAUCCAACAUUUCCUCGGUUUCCAAUCCUUUUCCCUUGAGCCCCUCUCUUCUUUCUCAUCGUGUUGGUGCUCAUUUGAACUAUCCAUUACAUGCAUUUGUUGCGAAGAAGGCACAGGACUUAUCAAUGCAGCCACUCCCAAGAUCCUUCUCUCCUUUAGCUGCUCCCUUACUAUGUGACUUGCAUAUUGUGGGCCUUAAGGUUCCUCGGCCUUCAAAAUAUUCUCAGACCCCGGUUGAAGAUCCUAGGUUUGUUCUGAUCUUACAAGGGUAUCAUUGGGAUUCUUCAUACUGUCGGAAGGGCAGAUCACAGUGCAUCAGUGUUGCUGAUGAGCCAGUGAAUCUGUUCUACAUGUUCAAGGGGCUUGCAGUACUGAAUGCGAGAGAAACUUCUUUGAAUCUUUUGCAUGAAGACACAGAGAUGCUCGGAUACACUGAGCAGCUUGCAGAUAUUGCUCAAGAAGGACAUGUGCUCAUCUCUCCCAAGACUCCCAUGGAAAUACAGGCUUACAAGUUGGAAUUACGGCCGCACCAAUGA